GAUGCAAGUCAAACGGUAUGAUGAACUGACGUCACUACAGGAAGAGAUGCAGACGGAACUAGCAAACGUUGAAAGUCAAGGUCAGAACGAACUUGCAAAUCUUAGGCAGAAGUCAGAUGAACUAAAAUUGGUAUGAAACAUUUCUCUUACAGAAUACGCCUAGAUUGCAAUAAAGAUGGUACGUACAAUAACAUUUCUCUUACAGAAUAUUGCAAAACUGCAAUAAAGUUGGUACGUACCGUAAGAUUUCUCUUACAGAAUAUGCCUAGAUUGCAAUAAAGAUGGUACAUACCGUAACAUUUCUUUUACAGAACACUCUUCGAUUGCAGUAUUUUAGUAAAAAUGUCAUGUGUUUAUAUUUGUCAUGGUUAAAAUGCAUUACCGUUUCUGUAAUGAAACACACCUGCCAUCCAGUGCCACUUUUGUAAUUAAACACACGCCCAGCCAAUGUAACCGAUGUAAUUGAAUACAUCACUUUAAGUAAACACACCUUCCACCCUUUGCCAUGUCUGUAAGUAAACCAACAUUCCACUGUCCACAUCCCAAGAUCAACAUUACUUUACGCCAUAAUCCAUCCAUCUAUAACCCUAACAAUCCAACGAUUGUCAGCUACGCCAAACUGAACUUAUCCUGUGUUAUCUCAAGCACCUCCGCCUCAUGCUCUAUUCAUCUAUCCAUCCCCACAUCACCCCCCCCCGCCCCCGGCCCCACCAACUUACAAGUAAUGAAGACCAUACAUAACGUCAUAGUGUGUCCGUGGCGUCAUAGUGUGUCCGUGGCGUCAUAUUGUGUCCGUGGCCGGGUUCAAUAUUUUGGCGGGUACGCGACAAAGGUUGGAGAUCUGGAUGAUUGAAAGCAGAUGAGAUUAAGUGGUUGAGAGAUAGUGGUUGAGAGAAAGUGGUUUAGAUAAAGUGGUUGAGAGAUAGUUGUUGAGAGAAAGUGGUUGAGAGAAAGUGGUUGAGAGAAAGUGGUUGAGAGAAAGUGGUUGAGAGAAAGUGGUUGAGAUAAAGUGGUUGGGAGAAAGUGGUUGAGAGAAAAUGGUUGAGAGAAAAUGGUUGAGAGAAAGUGGUUGAGAGAAAGUGGUUGAGAGAAAGUGGUUGAGAGAAAGUGGUUGAGAGAAAGUGGUUGAGAGAAAGUGGUUGAGAGAAAGUGGUUGAGAGAAAGUGGUUGAGAGAAAGUGGUUGAGAGAAAGUGGUUGAGAGAAAGUGGUUGAGAGAAAGUGGUUGAGAGAAAGUGGUUGAGAGAAAGUGGUUGAGAGAAAGUUGUUGAGAUAAAGUGGUUGGGAGAAAGUGGUUGAGAGAAAAUGGUUGAGAGAAAAUGGUUGAGAGAAAGUGGUUGAGUGAAAGUGGUUGAGAGAAAGUGGUUGAGAGAAAGUUUUUGAGAGAAAAUGGUUGAGAGAAAAUGGUUGAGAUAAAGUGGUUGAGAGAAAGUGGUUGAGAGAUUGUGGAUGAAACAACUUGGAUGAGAGAAACCUCAUAACAGAAAGUGGAUUCUGAAUGUCUUUAAACACAACUGAAUUUCAGGGACACCUCAUAGUAACAGAUGAAUGGUUUCAAAGAAUGAUUUCUAUGACUACCGCUCCACGCGUUACGACAUUAUCAGACUGAAGAAUGUAUUCAAUAAAUAAUUUACGGUGGACUUACUAGAGGUGGUAAAAUUAAAUGCCUUAAAAUUCGUCUUAUUGUGUCCUGACAAGCAACGGACAUCCAUCUGCACUCAUGGGAAAUACUUCAGUGGGAUCGCACAAGCUGUCGCGGAGCAAAGAAAUUUCUUUUUUCUGCCAAUAUUACCAGGAGCCACAAAAUGUGUUUUCAACAUAUGGCUCCGGAUUGCGAGGCUGAAAAAGACUGACACGCCCAAUGCCAGAUCACCGUAAAUAUUGGCUUGGUAACCUUCCGAUGCAAAGGACAGUAAAGAUAACAUAGCUAACCGGGUCCACAGUAAAGAUAACAUAGCUAACCGGGUCCACAGUAAAGAUAACAUAGCUAACCGGGUCCACAGUAAAGAUAACAUAGCUAACCGGGUCCACAGUAAAGAUAACAUAGCUAACCGGGUCCACAGUAAAGAUAACAUAGCUAACCGGGUCCACAGUAAAGAUAACAUAGCUAACCGGGUCCACAGUAAAGAUAACAUAGCUAACCGGGUCCACAGUAAAGAUAACAUAGCUAACCGGGUCCACAGUAAAGAUAACAUAGCUAACCGGGUCCACAGUAAAGAUAACAUAGCUAACCGGGUCCACAGUAAAGAUAACAUAGCUAACCGGGUCCACAGUAAAGAUAACAUAGCUAACCGGGUCCACAGUAAAGAUAACAUAGCUAACCGGGUCCACAGUAAAGAUAACAUAGCUAACCGGGUCCACAGUAAAGAUAACAUAGCUAACCGGGUCCACAGUAAAGAUAACAUAGCUAACCGGGUCCACAGUAAAGAUAACAUAGCUAACCGGGUCCACAGUAAAGAUAACAUAGCUAACCGGGUCCACAGUAAAGAUAACAUAGCUAACCGGGUCCACAGUAAAGAUAACAUAGCUAACCGGGUCCACAGUAAAGAUAACAUAGCUAACCGGGUCCACAGUAAAGAUAACAUAGCUAACCGGGUCCACAGUAAAGAUAACAUAGCUAACCGGGUCCACAGUAAAGAUAACAUAGCUAACCGGGUCCACAGUAAAGAUAACAUAGCUAACCGGGUCCACAGUAAAGAUAACAUAGCUAACCGGGUCCACAGUAAAGAUAACAUAGCUAACCGGGUCCACAGUAAAGAUAACAUAGCUAACCGGGUCCACAGUAAAGAUAACAUAGCUAACCGGGUCCACAGUAAAGAUAACAUAUCUAACCGGGUCCACAGUAAAGAUAACAUAGCUAACCGGGUCAAUAGUAAUGAUAACAUAGCUAACCGGGUCCAUAGUAAAGAUAACAUAGCUAACCGGGUCCAUAGUAAAGAUAACAUAGCGAACCGGGUCCACAGUAAAGAUAACAUAGGUAACCGGGUCCAUAGUAAAGAUAACAUAGCUAACCGGGUCCAUAGUAAAGAUAACAUAGCUAACCGGGUCCAUAGUAAAGAUAACAUAGCUAACCGGGUCCAGAGUAAAGAUAACAUAGCUAACCGGGUCCAUAGUAAAGAUAACAUAGCUAACCGGGUCCAGAGUAAAGAUAACAUAGCUAACCGGGUCCAUAGUAAAGAUAACAUAGCUAACCGGGUCCAUAGUAAAGAUAACAUAGCUAACCGGGUCCAUAGUAAAGAUAACAUAGCUAACCGGGUCCACAGUAAAGAUAACAUAGCUAACCGGGUCCACUAUUUUGCUUUUCGAUUCAAAUAUUAAAAUGUCUUCGCCCGCAGCGCCUGUUCCAUCUUAGGAAUAACGUCACCAAAGAGCAGCACCACCAAGAACUCCAAGAUGAACUCGAUGCUCAAGAAGAAACAAGGUACAGAACAAGCAGGGACGCCAUUCGAAACAUGGUGUACACACUCAUGGUAAGUGUGAUUGAUAGCGUGUUCUCUCAUAGCAACAGAGAUUGGUAGUGUGUUCUCUCAUGACUCUCAUGGCAACGGAGAUUGAUAGUGUGUUCUCUCAUGGCAACGGAUAUUGGUAGUGUGUUCUCUCAUAACUACGGAGAUUAAUAGCGUGUUCUCUCAUGGCAACGUAGAUUGGUAGUGUUUUCUCUCAUAGCUACGGAGAUUAAUAGCGUGUUCUCUCAUGGCAACGGAGAUUGAUAUCGUGUUCUAUCAUGGCUCUUAUAGCAACGGAGAUUGAUAGUGUGUUCUCUCAUGACUAUCAUGGCAACGGAGAUUAAUAGCGUGUUCUCUCAUGGCAACGGGGAUUGAUAUCGUGUUCUAUCAUGGCUCUUAUAGCAACGGAGAUUGAUAGUGUGUUCUCUCAUGACUCUCAUGGCAACGGAGAUUAAUAGCGUCUUCUCUCAUGGCAACGGAGAUUGAUAUCGUGUUCUAUCAUGGCUCUUAUAGCAACGGAGAUUGAUAGUGUGUUCUCUCAUGACUAUCAUGGCAACGGAGAUUAAUAGCGUGUUCUCUCAUGGCAACGGAGAUUGAUAGCGUGUUCUCUCAUGGCAACGGAGAUUGGUAGUGUGUUCUCUAAUGGCAGUGGAGAUUGAUAGCGUGUUCUCUCGUGGCAAGGGCCAUUCGUAGUCUUUUCUCUUCUCUCAAGCCAAGGAAGAUUGCUAGUCUUCUCUUCUCUCAUGGCAAUGGAGAUUUACGAUUGUUCUAUUCUCUCAUGGUAAGGGAGAUUACAAAAGUUUUCUGGUUUCUUAGGUAUACGAGAUUUUUUUUAUUUGAGGGUGUUCAUGAUGAUUAGAUUUUUUAAAGGGCUGGAGGAUUUUGCAAUGGCAAAAAUUGUCUUGAAACGUAAUAAAUAGAGACUAACAUGUGAAUCUAGGUCUUGUCAUAGGUAGGGACUAACAGAUGAUCGUAGGCCCUGUUAUAAACAGACAUACAGUGAUCCUUGGCCCGUUCAUAGACCUCACAUGAGUAAUCGGAUCUGUUCGUUUGACCAUAUGUGUAAUCGAUUACCUACUUUUAUUCUAAACAGGGGCGCCUACACAAAGGGAGGGGUGGAGACGAAACUGCGGAUUCAAAUGUAGUGGUGUGGGGGGGGGGAGUCAAAUACCGCCUGAAUGAAUCACGUGAUAAUUUGAUUUUCUGCAAAAUGUGAAGAAUUGUUCAGUUUUUAUGGAAGUUGUAAUGGUUCGUCGUCGAUCUUUUUGUUGAACAGUAAAAAAUGUUCGAAAAUUCUUUAACUUUUCUUUUUUCCAUCACUAAUUUUCCUAUUAGUUGAGCUCUUCAAUGAAAUAUCAAACUAAUGGUAUUUCUUUCAGCAAAUCUCUCUGAAAAAAGGGGGGGGGGGUUGUGUGUUGUCCAAUCGAGCCUAAAGGAGAGCAACACAUAAUCCAAGGGUAGACAGACUCUGUCCUAAGGAGAGCAACACAUAAUCCAAGGGUAGACAGACUCUGUCCUAAGGAGAGCAACACAUAAUCCAAAGGUAGUGAGCCUCUGUCCUAAGGAGAGCAACACAAAAUCCAAGAGUAGGGAGCCUCUGUCCUAAGGAGAGCAACCCAUAAUCUAAGGGUAGUGAGCCUCUCUCCUAAGGAGAGCAACACAUAAUCCAAGGGUAGUGAGCCUCAGUCCUAAGGAGAGCAACACAUAAUCCAAGGGUAGGGAGCCCUUGUCCUAAGGAGAGCAACACAUAAUCCAAGGGUAGGGAGCCCCUGUCCUAAGGAGAGCAACACAUAAUCCAAUGGUAGGCAGCCUCUGAAGAGCAACAACAAGGAGACACGGAGUUACAGUUAGCCCUGAUUCAUAUAAGUUACUGUUGGCCCUGGUCGUCAUGAAUUGCAGUUGACCUUUGUGUCAAGUUUGGCUUCCACAACUAUUCGAGGAAAAGACGCCCCUGACUCUAAAUACUUCCACGUACUAUUUUUUCUUUUGCUAUAUUAUUGGAUUUAGCCCUUAUAUUUUUUUUUUACAUUUGUACACCUUUAACACCUGCGGGCGAUCUUCCACGUGUACCUUGGUCGAUUCUGCAUGUAGUGGUUGGAUUGUGUACUGUGUAACUAUUAGGCAAUUUUCAAAAAUUCUUUCAAAUUUUACCAAGUAUCUAAAUAAAGCCUCUCAUCUUCUUCCCCAGCAAUUCCGCUCUUACGCCCAUGAUCGGAUGGGUAAGGCCAACACGCUCUAUCGUCAGCUCGAAGAACUAGGUCAAGUGAUAAUCUUCUACCAAGACAUCUACAGGGCUUAUCAGGAGACUCUCCAGGCGAGUCAGCAGAGACCAAAGAAGCACGGUGUGGUCUCCGCAACAAGCAAGCUGGACGCCAGCCGGUCGUCUAACGACAGUGAAAACAGCGAUACCCAAAAUGGGUCGAGCCUGCCGGGGACCGCACGACCCAGCAGGGUUGAAUAGCAUUUGAGAACCCGUGAAGGCCUCCUCAGUGGCAGCACACUUUAAAAAAAAAAAUGGGAAAGCUUUCUGGUGUUCAGCAUGUCGUAGCGCAGUGGUUCUCAAUAUGUGGGUCGCAACCCUUUUGAUGGUCGAACGACCCUUACGAAAGGGUCGCUUAAGAUUAUCGGAUAACGCAUAUUUAUGAAGUAGCUUCGAAAAAUUGUUUGUAGCUUCAGGUAACCACCACAUGCGGAACUGUAUUAAAGGGUCACGGCAUAAAUAACUUUGAGAACCACUGUCUUAGCGUACCAACGCAUCUUUAAUUUUUUUUUUCCUCAAGGUGAAAAACGAUAGGAAUGUCAAGGUCAGUAGUAUUGAGGUGGAGAGCUGCUUAAUACUAUCGCAAUAAAAAUGGUGCAUAGCGACUACCACAAACCAAUGGUGC